AGCGGAAGUCCCGCCCAUUCUGGACGAAACUUCCUGCCUCAACUGCUAGGGGCUUAAGCUGACUGAGCGGAACCAGCCGCGCGAUAAUGGUGCUGCUGGAGAGCGAGCAGUUCCUGUCUGAGCUGACCAGGCUUUUCCAGAAGUGCCGGAUGUCGGGCAGCGUUUUCAUCACCUUAAAGAAGUAUGAUGGUCGAACAAAACCUAUUCCAAGGAAAGGUUCUGUGGAGGGGUUUGAGCCCUCUGACAACAAGUGUCUGUUAAGAGCUACCGAUGGAAAAAAGAAGAUCAGCACUGUGGUGAGCUCCAAAGAAGUGAAUAGGUUUCAGAUGGCUUAUUCAAACCUUUUGAGAGCUAACAUGGAUGGUCUGAAGAAGAGGGACAAAAAGAGCAAGAGCAAGAAGACCAAAGCAGCACAGUGAAGGGCAGCCCGCUUCCAGCUCUCACCAGUUAACCACUGAAUUGCCGUUUUCCUUUUGGCCACAAAGCUAGAUCGCUGGUCCCCCCAAGUAACUAUCCUCAUGUGAAAUAAGAGUUAUUCUGGAUGAAAGAAGGCUUCUGUGUUUACAGGAUAGUUGUAAGAAGCCACUUUAUUGUAGUUGGCUAACUUAUCUCUUUUGCAUGAUUGUAAAUUCCUAGAUUAUAGUUUAAAGUUUCUUUAGCCAUCCAUGUAAAGAGCAUUGUCAUCAUUAAACCUGUUUAUCAACA